CGUCAUGGCGUCAUCUCAACCUAUAAAAACUCAGAACAUCUCGGGAAUAUUCAGUAACUACUUGAUCGUAAACCUAGUCUUCAUCGCGAAGGAGAAACAAAACUCGAAUAUGAAGGCAGUUAUUGUUGUAUUUGCCGUUACCAUUGUUGCUGUCUUGGGUGGAAUCACAGAUGAACAAAAAGCAAAACUGAAGCAAUACAAAGAAUCUUGUAUCAUAGAAUCUGGCGUUGAUCCAAUUGUCGUAGAAAAUGCGAAAAAUGGACAAGUAGCUGAAGGAGAUGAAAAACUCGCCUGCUUCGGUAAUUGCAUCUUAAAGAAACUUGGAAUUAUAAAUGCGAAUGGAGACAUUGACUGGGAAGUAGCUCGUUCAAAAGUACCUCCCGGUAUAUCACAAGAACAAAUCGAUCACGUAUACAAUAAAUGUCAAAACGUUGCUGGAAGUGGUUGCGAAAAAGGAGCCAAUCUGUUGAAAUGUUUCAAGGAGAACAAAAAUUUUGCUGUUUUAUCAUAAACGGAUGAAAUUAAACAUUGCGAGAUUUAAUCUGAUCUAUAAUUAAAUUUAUCUUUAUUUUAGAUGAUAUAAUAAAAAUGUUAUCUUUUAUAGCAUUUAUAUUGAUGUAAACUUGUUAGGGAAGAAAUAAAUGAAUAAUUUUAGUUCAA